AUGCCCUGCUUCAAGGGCAUCGCAGUAAGCAUCCAUGCCAAUGGGGCGCCGCUGGCCGAGUAUGGCAUACAGAAGCAGUCCCGAGUCUCGCGAAUCAACACGUACAUUCCCGUCCCGCAGCCCCAACUAAAUGCCGACUCCAACAAACCCGAGCCAGCCAAGUUCGCCAUCUCGAUUACUCUCCUCACCCCGGGCCUCGCGAUCCCCUACUCGACCCCGCGGACCACCGAAGCGAACCCGCAGCCCAAGCCGCAAUACGUCGGCACUCUACCUUCCUCCACGGGAGAGCGGGGAAAGUACCACGGCGUGGUCAACCCUUAUAUCCCCAUGACCAAUAAUGACAACGAGACCAUUGCCGCCUACAUAUACUUUGACGGACGAGGUAAGGAGGAGGUGGCCACCCUCUUGCGCCCUGGUGAGGAAACCUGGGUGAAUAGUAGGUGGGUCCAGGUGCCCGACUCCGAGGGUGGAGGUCUCGCCGAGCGGGAGUUCCUGUUCCGAGAAGUCGGUCUCGAGAGGUGGCUGAACGGGCUGGACUUGCAAGGAGACGACGCUGCGGAGAAACUCGAGCGCCGCAGGCAAAAAUUCGAGCGGAGACGCCGAAGACAGCAGAGCUUAACCGAGUGGGGGGCCGACAUGGAUACGGAUAAGGCGGGAGGACCCCGAGAUACGUUGAGGUACGGCACGGAUGACGGGUCUCCCGUCGAAGCAGUCUUUGACGAAGACGAUUCCGUGUCCGAGUCGGAUGACGAGCCCCCAGAGGCCACUGGCCAGAUCAAGGUUGCCAUGUUCCGUGUCAUUGCGUCGGGCGAAAUCAAGAAGGGGGAAUACUCGCCGCAGUUCGAUGCCCACGACGACGAUGACGAGUCCGAAGGCGGCAAUCGGAACAACGGGAACGCCAUUGACGCCGACGUCGAGCACACCACCAGCUUUGCCAAGCCGAAAACGCUUGACCCCAAGACCAUAAGCACGCAGACAGUGACGGGCAUCGACGGCCCCGAGAAGCCCUAUGCCACUUUUACUUUCUUCUACCGUGGCGAGCGUCAACUCCAGAAGAUGGGCGUGCUGCCGUCUUCAAAGACACAGCAGGCUACUCCUGCUGCCAUCAAGCGACGAUCCGGUCAGCUGGAUUUCUCAACCCUGGGCCCCCUGAAGACGACUGGGACCGUGGGCUUUUCUACCUUCCGGGAUCGUGAUACCGAGUCCGCCCCCAGGCAGCGGAAAUUGCGGAAGAAGAGCAAUGGUGGUCUUCCAAGCACGAUGGACGAGGAUAGCGACGAUGACGACGAUGAUAGCGAAAUCCUGGGCAAGAUGGAGGAUCUUGACGAUAAGGACGUCAAGUCCAAACCGCUCGGCCCCGAGGAAGCUGAGUUCUCUGGCGAGCUUGCUGACGGUGUCAAUCGCAUCAAGCUUAAGAGAGCGUAUGAUGCAGACCAGGACAGCGCCAGCGCGAGUCCCGGCAUGUCCCCAAGUGCCGGACCUUUUGGUGGUGAUAGCACCCCUCCAGAGGGGAGGAAACCAACCCCCGGUCUGUCAUCAGCCUCACUAUUCGGCCGGAGCUUACCGGAUGACACGGUGAUUGGCAGCCCCAUGAAGAAAGCCCGUCCCAGCGUGUCCGGCAUCGACGACAAUGGCCAGCCCAGCCAGCCCCGGAGUUUUCCCCCAGGACUCGGCGAUGUUCUGGCAAAGGCUGAGGCGGCUCAGGCAGCUCAGAGCAAGGAGCAGCCUUCUUCGGCGGCGGUGACUGAUGAGAUUGAGGAAGAGCUAUGA